AUGCCAUUGCCCAGGUAUGUGGUUCCAGUGGAGACCUUGCUGUGCAUGAGAGAGGUACAGUCGUAUGAGCAGCUUCACAGGGAUGGCGUGCUGGUUGAGUACGAUGAGAGUCAGGGCAAUGCUAUGUUUGUUUCACACCAAUGGACAGGUGGGGAGCAUCCAGACGGCAGCGGUGAGCAGUUUGCAGUUUUGAAGGAUGCCCUACAAACGCUGAUGAGCGGAAAGGUUGACAUUUCCGGCAACAUCAGCAUGGAGCUGUACCGAGGACAACAGAACACCGUGUCGGCAAAGGAGAUAUUUGCCAGCUCGCUGUUCAUUUGGUACGACUAUUUUUGCAUCCCGCAGCAUCACAGUGCCACCGCUGUGGCGAUGCGCCAGAUGGCUGUCAACAGCAUCCCAGGCUACGUGGAUAGAUGCCAGUUCUUCAUCAUCCUUUGUCCGCAUGUCCGCCACACCCAGACCAACCUCCUGCUGAACAAGAGGAGCUGGUCCAGUCGUGGUUGGUGCCGCUUGGAACAGCUCGCCCGCGAACUCAGCACAAGAGAAGGCAGCCUCAGCUCCAUCGAGAUGCACGGGUCUACGCACCUGGUAGAGGCUCCAACCUAUGGUUGGAUGCAGAAGCCUGUCGGCGAAGGCAACUUCGGCCGGGAGCAGGACCGCGGAAGGAUUGCCCUCGUCGUGCAGGACAUGGUGAAGAAGAAGCUACAUUCGUUCUUACAGCGCGAAGAUUUCAACAGCUAUCGGAUGAUGCUCAACUUGCAGAACGUCUACUACCGAAAUCUCCGUGUGGCUCCUAUGGACGACUUUAUCCCAGGCUUUGUGUCCAACUCGCCGGACCCAGGAGUGGUUACCGUCCAGAAUUUCAUGCACCAGAAUGGCUUUGAAUCCAUCAGUGACAGGGACUCAGACGGCUGGUCCCCGAUCUGCUUCGCGGCCUUAGAUGGGAGGCCCCUACUCAUUGCCGCGCUUCUGGACCGCAACGCGGAUGUAAAUGAUCGGGUCACGCAGCAAUCCUCCGUGCCCUUCGGUCAGUGUCCUCUUCUCCACAUUUGCGCGUUCCUGUCGCACAACGAUGCAGUCAACCUACUGAUUCAGAGGCGCGCUGAUGUGCACGCAAGAGACGGUUUUGGGGCAACUGCCCUGCCCUGGGCUGCAUUUUCUGACAACGUGGAGGGCCUCCAGUCUCUGAUCGCUGCCGGAACCGACCCAGGACAGGUGGACAUGCUUGGGUAUGCGCCCUUCACCUUGGCAAGCUCGGCAGGCUCACUCGCCUCAAUGAGUGCGCUUUUGCCUUACACCCCAAGGGAAGAGAUGGACAAGACGCUGAACGUGGCAAUGCUACAGGGAGGAGGUUCGGCCCAGGUAGUGUCGACAUUGAUCUCUCUCGCUGCCGAUGUGAACCAUCAGAGCUCCACGCCGCUGCUCAGUCCGCUCGGUAUCUGGCUCGGCUGCCUGAACAUUCGGCAUCACUUCAGUGAGUCCAAGUUGAGCGCCUAUGCUUGCCACUAUGAGGGCAUGACGCCCCUGAUGUGCAGCAUCCUCACGAACUCCUUUGAAGCCACGGCGGUUCUGCUGGGAGUCGGGGCGCGCACGGACCUGCAGAACGCACGCGGGAAGACGGCAGUGGACCUGGCCAUGGAGUCCGCGACUCCCUCCUACAUUGUGCAUGCCUUGAAGGAUGAGGGAGACGCACGCAGCAAGCUUGUCCAGGAGGUGGCAGAGUUUGUGGAAGGCGAGAUGGUUUCAGAAUCUUUUUGA